ACUUAAUUUAGGAAAACAAUAAAUUAGAUAAUUAUUAAAAACAUAACUCUCCUCUGGAUUUUUUGUUUCUGAAUUAUAUUAAUAAUUACAAUUUUUGUUGCUCUGGACUUUUAUUGUGUAAAUUAGCCUGUACGGAAGUAAGCGUGUGUAUAUUUGAGAAUGUACUGCUGAAGCGCUCCUCUGUCAGACAGAAGGCAGCUGAGCUCUGGUGCGGGGAAACAUGCCGACCUUGUCCUUGCCGUUUUCAAACCUCUUCAGAAAUCAUGAGGGUUUUAAGAGACUCUUCGCGCACUUGAAGACUUUGCACACUAGAAGCGGGAAAUGGAGAGUCAACAGCAGCAGCACGCCGUGGGUCUCGAGCUCUGCUCUCGUGUCGCGGAGGAGAGCGGCUCCUGUGGGACAGCUGACAGCAGGGAACAUGUGCACCCGCUCCAGUGGCGACAAGACCAGCUGGCUCUGGUCUGUUUACAAUGAAACCAAACAGCAAACACAAGAUUUAAUUCCUGUGAUAUCAAAGAACUUUGUGAACCCAGACACCAUCUUUGCUAAUAAUCAGAUGAGUCUGCAGGACAUUGAGAUCUAUGGCUUCGACUAUGAUUACACACUUGCAUUCUACUCCAGUCACCUUCACACACAAAUAUUCAACAUCGCCCGGGACAUCCUCAUCAACGAGCACAGGUAUCCAGAAGGACUAAGGCAAUAUGAUUAUAUACCGGAUUUUGUGAUUCGUGGUCUGCACUAUGAUGUUCAAAAGGCCUUACUGAUGAAGAUCGAUGCCUUUCAUUAUAUCCAGCUGGGUACAGUGUACAGGGGUCUUAAUCCUGUGCCAGAAAAGGAGGUCAUUGCGAUGUAUGAAGGCUCCCACGUACCCCUCGAGAUCAUGAGUGACUACUAUGGCAAGAGCUCUCACGGUCACACCAUGAAGCAGUUCAUGGAUAUCUUCUCCCUGCCAGAAAUGACGCUGCUGUCAUGCGUUAAUGACUACUUCAUGAAGCACAACAUUGACUACGAGCCUGUUCAUCUUUAUAAAGACGUCAAGGAGGCCAUAGGAGACGUCCACGUCAGAGGGAUUAUGUAUCGAGUGAUAGAAGCUGAUAUCGAGAAGUACAUCUGUUACGGGGAGCAGACACAUGCUGUUUUACGGAAGCUAUCUAGGAACGGAAAGAAGAUGUUUUUGAUCACGAACAGCCCUUUUGAUUUUGUAGAUCGAGGCAUGAACUACAUAGUUGGUAAAGACUGGCGGGAGCUGUUCGAUGUGGUCAUAGUGCAGGCCGACAAGCCAGGCUUUUUCAAUGACAAGAGGAAACCAUUCAGACGAGUUACUGAUAAAGGCGUGUUGUUAUGGGACAGGAUUCACCACCUUGAGAAAGGGCAGAUCUAUAAACAGGGAAACCUGUAUGAGUUUUUGCGGCUUACAGGCUGGAGGGGGUCAAAGGUUUUGUACUUCGGAGAUCACAUUUACAGCGACCUGGCCGACCUGACCCUGAAACACGGUUGGAGAACGGGAGCUAUCAUUCCUGAGCUGCGUAAAGAGAUCAAAAUCAUGAAUACUGAGGAGUACGUCCACACCAUGACCUGGCUGCAGGCCCUGACCGGACUGCUGGAACAAAUGCAGGUGCACCAGGACCCUGAGUCACAAACGGUGAUUCAGCAGUGGAUCAAUGAAAGGGAGGAGAUGAGGUUACGUACCAAAGACAUCUUCAACAUCCAGUUUGGUAGUCUUUUCCGCACAUACCACAACCCGACCUACUUCACGCGCCGUCUCUCCCGCUUCGCCGACAUCUACAUGGCGUCCCUCAGCUGUCUGCUGAACUAUGACCUCCAGCACACCUUCUACCCCAGACGCACGCCCCUGCAGCACGAGUCUCCCAUCUGGCCCGAGCAGACCAGCACCGGAGCCAUUAACAUCCCCUUCCAGAGCCACAGCACAACCCCCAAACCUGAGUAGAGAGGCCACACGAGACACAGGACAGUUACAUGUUACAUCACUUGAGUCAGAUUCAGCUCUAGUUUUAAAGACACAUGCGUGUGAGUCACUUCAUAUAUAACUCCUGUGCUGUGAUACCUUGUUUUUGAUACCAUGUAAAACACUGCAUGGACGAGAGAGUGCUUAAGGAACAUCGUGGUGUUUUAAUGUGCCUCGUAGUGUAGGAGAGAUUUUAUUUUUGUAGUUCUUAGUCUUUCUUUCAUCACUGGCCUUCAUAAAUCUUAGAAUACUUGACACUCAAGAAAGUGAUUGUACAUGUGAAAGGGUUAAAAGUUGAUUUUGAGCUGAACCGGGUUUCAAGAAGCUAAUAAAGAACAACUUUUAUUAGAACCAAAGGGAAACUCUCAGGAAGGCAGAUGGACGAUGUAUUCAUUUUGAAAUGAUCAUAAAAAAAAAUCAGUGUUUCAUAUUUUAAAAGCCUUACUGUUUUUAGCGAUGUGUGAUGAUAAUAAUGUACAGCUGGCUUCAAAAGUUUGAAACCACUAGUGAUUUUUGUUGCAAUAAUAAGCAGAUCAACUGUUUUCAAAAUUGAUAAGCAGCAGCACCAAAUCAGUAUAUUAUGUGAAGUUGCUUUUCCCUUACAUUUUACAAUUUAUUAAAGUAGAAAUCAGUUGUUUUAAAUAUUUGAAUAAUACAGUAUUUCAUAAUAUUAUGGUUUCACUGUAUUUUUUUAAAAUUAUUAAAUAAAUGCAGCCAUUGGUGAACAUUAGAGACUUAUAGAAACAUUAAAAAAUAUUUUCGAUCCUCAAUCUUUUAAACUGCUGUUCUUUUUAUUACAAAUUCUAUACUUUAUAAAAAUAGAGUGAAAAGUUUAACUUCAAAAUAUAUGUGAAUUUGACAUCAAGUAUUUUAUUUGUUAAUUAUUAUUUAAUAUUUUCAAAAUUGUAAAUUGGUGUGACUUUGAUUUUGAAUCUCAAAUUAUCAUUGUGGUUUCAGAUUUUUGGUCCCUGCUGUAUGUUUUCAUUGUGUAACUUUAGAAAUCAAUAUUAUAGCUGAACAUAUACGAGAGUUUCUUGUGUCUCUUACAGGGAAUGAGAGUAUUGUACUUAAGUUUCAUUUAUUACCUGUAGGGCAUUUCUGCUUGCAUGGUAAAUAUACAUUUUUGACUUAUAUAUAAACAUUUGCAUCAUGUUUUGAAGACGCCAGUAUUGGGUGGAUUUUGCUUUGUUGAAAUUGAGAACGCACUACUGUUGUUUUUUUGUCUGCCUAGCUUUUUUUGGUACUUAAGGAAGGACUUCUGUGACAAGUUGUCAUUUAUUUGACAUUGUUCAAAUGGCUUUAUGUGUUAAUCCUUAUUUGAAGUGUAUUUUAUUGGGGAUAUUUAUUAUAAAUUGAAUCAAAUUGCUAA